GGCGCUGAAAUGAUAUGAGGACAAAAGUUGUCCCGUUGGAAUUGUAGUCCAUAUCAUACCUCAAGUGGUCCAGGAAGCUAGCUAGUUUCUCUUUAUUUGUGAUUCGCAAGGACAACCAGUUGGAGGGAGUUUCGCUCCUCUCUUCCAUUGUUAGACACAAAUUGAAGCUGCCAAGAGGCAAGUCAGACCGAAAUAGUCCGAAAAUGCCUCCCAUCGACAAUGACACCGGGAGGAAUGAACUAAAAUCUCGGAUACAGGAGCUUAUUGAUUCUAAUCAAGUGUUGGUAUUCAGUAAAAGCUACUGCCCAUUUUGUGUGAAGGUAAAGGAUCUGUUCAAGGAUCUGAACGUGAACUGCAAUGUGGUGGAGUUGGAUUUAAUUGAGGAUGGAUCAAACUAUCAAGAACUGCUGCUUGAGAUGACCGGGCAGAAAACUGUCCCCAAUGUCUUCAUCAACAAGACACACGUCGGUGGCUGUGACAAAACAAUGAAGGCCCACAAAGAUGGUGUCCUGCAGCAGCUGCUUUGCGGGGAGAAUGAGGUAUACGACUAUGAUCUCAUCGUCAUCGGGGGCGGCUCAGGAGGGCUAGCAUGCUCAAAGGAGGCAGCGUUGCUGGGCAAGAAGGUGAUGGUGUUGGACUAUGUGGUGGCCACGCCGAAAGGGAACACAUGGGGCCUGGGCGGCACAUGCGUGAACGUGGGCUGCAUCCCCAAGAAGCUGAUGCACCAGACAGCUCUGCUAGGGACUUCCAUUCAGGACGCCUGCAAGUUUGGCUGGGAGUUGCCGGAGGAGACAGUGAAGCACAACUGGGAGACGAUGAAGACGGCGGUGAACAACUACAUUGGCUCGUUGAACUGGGGCUACCAGGUGGCGCUGCGCGACAAGAACGUCAACUACGUCAACUCCUACGCUGAGUUCAUUGAGUCGCACAAAAUCAAGGCGACCAACAAGCGAGGGAAGGAGACCUUCCAUACGGCCGCAAAGUUUAUCCUGGCGACAGGUGAGAGGCCGCGUUACCUGAGCAUCCCCGGAGACAAAGAGUACUGCAUCACCAGCGACGACCUGUUCUCUCUGCCCCACUGCCCUGGCAAGACCCUGGUGAUCGGGGCGUCCUACGUGGCGCUGGAGUGCGGGGGUUUUCUGGCGGGCCUAGGCCUGGAUGUGACAGUCAUGGUACGCUCCAUCCUCCUGAGGGGCUUCGACCAGGACAUGGCCAACCGUGCCGGCAAGCACAUGGAAGAGCAUGGUGUAAAGUUCCUCCGGAAGUACGUCCCCGUCAAGGUGGAGGAGCUGGAGGCAGGUACUCCUGGGAGGCUGAAGGUGACAGCCAAGAGCACGGAGGGAGACGAGACCAUCGAGGGAGAGUACAACACUGUGUUGAUAGCCGUGGGGCGCGACGCCUGUACAAGAAAGAUCGGCCUGGAUCAAGCCGGGGUCAAAGUCAACCCCAAGAAUGGUAAGAUCCCGGUGAACGACGAGGAGCAGACCAACGUGCCGCACAUCUACGCCAUCGGAGACAUCCUGGAGGGCAAGUGGGAGCUGACGCCCGUGGCUAUCCAGGCUGGCAAGCUGCUGGCACGCCGUCUGUACGCGGGCGCCUCGCUCAAGUGUGACUACGUGAAUGUUCCCACCACGGUGUUCACCCCUCUGGAGUAUGGCGCCUGUGGGCUGUCUGAGGAGAAAGCUCUGGAGCUGUACGGCCAAGACAACCUGGAGGUGUACCACAGUCUCUUCUGGCCUCUGGAGUUCACCGUCCCCAACAGGGACAACAACAAGUGCUACUCAAAGAUCAUCUGUAAUAAAUUGGACAAUGACCGUGUGAUCGGGUUCCAUUACUUGGGGCCCAAUGCGGGAGAGGUGACGCAGGGCUACGGCGUGGCCAUGAAAUGUGGCCUGACCAAAGAGCAGCUGGACAACACCGUUGGCAUACACCCCACCUGCGCUGAGAUCUUCACCACCAUGGAGGUGACCAAGAGCUCGGGCGGUGACAUCACCCAGACGGGCUGCUGAGGUUAAACCCUGCUUGUUUAACGGGCUGUCCUGUUCUCCAUAUUAGAUCUCUCACCUCGUAGCUCUGCGCCAACCUGGCCCCCUCAAAUUCUAUACCCAAGACCAAUCACUUCUCAGGAAAAACCAAUAAGGUGAUCAGAAACGGGGGGGGGGGGGGGAGUCUGAAAGUCUGAACGGAUGAAACAGUGGGUCAGUAUAAUACUGUCUGUAGGAUUGAGCCAAUAAAUGCUCUGAGGGGGCCUGUAGCGUGGACAUAAAAGACAACAUAAUAUGAGGUGAUUAACUAUCUAUGGGACAGCCUGCUAGAUAGCGGGGUUACUCUGCUGCUUUCACAAUGCACCCUGUGUGUGUCUUCCUCAGAGGCGCACCACCCCUCUCUAGGGAUGGGUGAGUGCUGUUUGACGUGCUGGCCCUUAACCCAAUCACUGUGGUGGGCUAGAACUGAUGUCCCUCUGUCCAAAGACACCAGGGGUGAACCGAACCCUUCGUCCAAACUUAAACACCCACAUAUAUAUAUAUAUAUAUAUAUAUAUACACAGUAUAUCACAAAAGUGAGUACACCCCUCACAUUUUUGUA